AUGGCAACUUCAACUAGAGAAAGACGUCCCUCUACAGGUGCUCCAAUUAGUGAGCUCCAAGGUCCUGUUGGUCCUGCUGGCGUUACAAGGCCUAAACACAAGCGUACCUUUACCGGUUUUGGUGCUGGGGAAAUCAAAAGUGUAGAAGCAUCGAUCCCUGAACCUCAACGAGAAGCAUGGAAGAAAUAUACUGCUAAAGGAUUUGAGACCAAGGAGGACUUUGAGAAGGAAGUCGUUCGUCAUGUUGAAACUACCUUGGCUCGUAGUAUGUUCAACUGUGAUGAAACUGCUGCAUAUGCUGCGGCCAGUUUGGCUUUCAGAGAUAAAUUGAUUACGGCGUGGAAUCGUACUCAACAGAGACAAACUUUUGCUGAUGGCAAACGUGUGUACUACUUGAGUUUGGAGUUUUUGAUGGGCAGAGCGCUCGACAAUGCUAUGUUGAAUGUUGGAUUGAAGAAUGUUGCUAAAGAGGGUCUUUCGGAUCUUGGUUUCAGAAUCGAAGAUAUCAUCAACCAAGAGCAUGAUGCUGCCCUUGGUAAUGGUGGUCUUGGUCGAUUGGCAGCUUGUUUCCUGGAUUCUCUUGCUUCCUUGAGCUAUCCAGCAUGGGGUUAUGGUUUGAGAUAUAGAUAUGGUAUCUUCAAGCAAGAAAUUGUAGAUGGAUAUCAAGUCGAAGUCCCAGAUUAUUGGCUUGACUUCAAUCCUUGGGAGUUCCCAAGACAUGAUAUCGUUGUUGAUAUCCAAUUUUAUGGCCAUGUCAGAAAGUAUCAAGAUGAACAGGGAGUAUCGAAGACUGUAUGGGAGGGCGGAGAAAUUGUCAAGGCCGUAGCCUACGAUGUUCCAAUCCCAGGUUAUGAUACACCAGCUACCAACAACUUACGUCUUUGGUCUAGCAAGGCUGCUAGCGGUGAAUUCGACUUCCAGAAGUUCAACAGUGGUGACUAUGAAAGUUCAGUGGCCGAUCAACAACGUGCCGAGACUAUCAGUGCUGUUUUAUAUCCUAACGACAAUCUCGAGCGUGGAAAGGAGCUUCGUUUGAAGCAACAAUACUUCUGGGUUGCUGCAUCAUUAUAUGAUAUUGUUCGUCGAUUCAAGAAGUCCAAGCGUGCUUGGAAGGAAUUCCCAGAACAAGUUGCCAUUCAGUUGAAUGACACUCAUCCAACUCUUGCUGUUGUUGAACUUCAACGUGUUCUUGUUGAUCUUGAAGGUCUUGAGUGGGACGAGGCAUGGGGAAUUGUCACCAAGACUUUUGGUUACACAAAUCACACUGUUCUUCCCGAAGCUCUCGAAAAGUGGUCCGUUCCUCUUUUCCAGAACUUACUCCCCAGACAUCUUCAAAUCAUUUACGAAAUCAACUUGUUCUUCUUGCAAACCGUGGAACGUAAGUUCCCUGGUGAGAGAGAUCUCCUCGGCCGAGUCUCGAUUAUCGAAGAAUCUCAACCAAAGAUGGUUCGCAUGGCUUUUUUGGCUAUCGUUGGUUCCCACAAGGUUAACGGUGUGGCUGAACUUCACUCUGAUUUAAUCAAGACCACUAUUUUCAAGGAUUUUGUCAAGAUCUUCGGCCCUGAUAAGUUCACUAAUGUUACCAAUGGUAUCACACCUAGAAGAUGGCUUCACCAAGCCAACCCUAGGUUGUCUGAGUUGAUUGCCAGCAAGCUUGGUGGUUAUGAGUUCCUCAAGGAUCUUACUCUUCUGAGCAAGCUCGAAGCAUUCGCUGAUGAUAAGGCUUUCAAGAAGGAGUGGCAGGAAAUCAAGUAUGCGAACAAAGUUCGCUUAGCAAAACACAUCAAGACGACUACUGAUGUCACCGUCAAUCCAGCUGCCUUGUUUGAUAUUCAAGUCAAGCGUAUACACGAAUAUAAGCGUCAACAGAUGAACAUCUUUGGUGUUAUUCACAGAUACUUGACUAUCAAAGCUAUGAGUCCAGAAGAGCGCAAAAAGUUGGCACCUCGUGUUUCGAUCUUUGGUGGAAAAGCCGCUCCAGGUUACUGGAUGGCAAAGACUAUCAUUCAUCUUAUCAACAACGUUGGUUCUGUUGUCAACAAUGAUAAAGACGUCGGGGAUCUCUUGAAGGUUAUUUUCUUGGAAGAUUACAAUGUAUCCAAGGCCGAGAUGAUUUGCCCGGCAAGUGAUAUCAGUGAACACAUCUCGACAGCAGGUACAGAAGCCAGUGGAACCUCAAACAUGAAGUUCGUGUUGAAUGGUGGAUUGAUUAUUGGUACCUGCGACGGUGCUAAUAUCGAAAUUACUCGUGAGAUCGGAGAGAACAACAUUUUCCUCUUUGGUAACUUAGCUGAGGAUGUUGAUGACCUUCGUCAUGCUCACACUUACGGCUCUACUCAACUUGACCCUGACCUUAAGAAGGUCUUUGAGGCUAUUCAAAAGGGUACUUUUGGGGAUGCUAAUGCAUUCGGUGCUCUCGUUGGUGCUAUUAAAGAUCAUGGUGAUUACUAUCUCGUUUCCGAUGAUUUCAACAGCUACAACCAAACUCAAGCUUUGGUGGAUGAAGCAUAUAAGAAUCAAGAUGAAUGGACUACAAAGACUAUUACUAGUGUGGCUAGAAUGGGUUUCUUCAGUAGUGAUAGAUGUAUUAAUGAGUAUGCUGAGUCGAUUUGGAAUAUUGAACCAUUGGCUGCUGGGAAGGGGGAAGAGGCGUAG